AUGGCGUACAAGUUUCGCGAGGAGAUCGUGGGAAAGAGGUUUCUCUCGGUGAGUGGUUUCACCAAGCUGAAGGUGAAUAAGAUUAGUGAGUGGGGUUGGCGUGCGGGGGUGAUACGUGCCGCCAGUCACAGGGAUAACGGCUGCCAUGACCUCCAGAUCCUCGUAGAGUACGACGACGUGGAGUGGCAAAGGAGGGAGUGGCUGUCACCACACAGGGAUGCCGUAUUCUCCUUCUUUCUCAUUGAACGAGGUCUCUAUUGGGCCGAACGACCUGACCCCAGGCACGCCAGUCUCAUCCCCAUCGAUCAUCACAAUCACGCGAACAAUAACCACCAUCAGCACCGCAUUAACGGGAAACCGCUCAGGGGCGCCACGGCGGUCGCCGACACCGUCGCUUGGCCAGCUCUCACUUUCUAUCCUCUCGUGGCACGCGCCGAGUUGCACGAGGACGCCAUGCCGAUCGAGUUUAUGCAAGAUCGCAAACUGGACUUCGUCGACUACUCGAAGCUGAAGCCGUUCACUCAAGACUGGGAGCUGACUAAGGGCGCGAUGCCCUGGGGAAACGCCGUUAGGAGAUGGGCCGAGAUGCAAGACGGUCAGAGGAUCCUGCUGACUACGCCCAGCGUUCUGGUCGGCUUCAGAGUCGAAGUUUAUCGGGCGGAAGGCACCACACAAUGGUACACAGCCGUGAUCGUCGGUUACAACGAGUCCACCAAGGAUUUGACUGUCACCGACGACACCGUCCUCGAAGACCACAACGAGGAUCCCACAUUAGUACAAAUGCGGCUGAUUGGCGACGGAGUCGUCGAGAGCAUCAUGAGGGGCGAGGUCGUCGGCAUGACACCAAGGAGGUCGAGGUCAUCGACUGCUCUGACGCACGCGCUCGUUGUGCCCCGACCCGGAAGAAGGCCUCGAAGACGGCCGGGAAACGCGGCGCAGUUACAGACAACCCCGAGGGUACAGAGCCCGAUAUCGCAGCAACUCGAAAAAGAGAAGAACAACGCCCGUAAUAAUCGACGCCGGCGCGUGAGCGAGGGUGCCAGUCGCGAGAGAACCGAAAAAGAUUCGGCGGAUACCGCGCUAUCCGCGCGGCAGCAGGAGGACCGCGAGAAUAAAGGUCCGCCGUCGGGCAAGGUAAGCAAUCGCGUAGCGCGGCCGGUGUUAGAGGAAGCGAAUAGUGCGUCGGGAAGUGUUUCGAAGCUACGAAGACGCGGCGCCGCGGUAAAAAGCCCGACCACCGAUCACCAGAGUGCGGCGCAGCAUCAGAGGCCGGUACGAAGAAGACUAAGGCCAGGAGGCGGCCAAGAGAUCAAGGCAGACGCAGAGGGAGAGUCUGUCGAGCAUCAUCGUACCGGCGCGAGAGCCGACAAGGACGAACGCCUCGGUAACAGGUCGGAAGAGGAGGAAGAGGAAGAGGAGGAAGAGCGUCUCGAGGGAGAGGAUGAAGAGAGUCAGGAACGUUGCGAUCCACUGACUAAGCGGCUGAGAACAAGCCCCGUCGGCAGAAAGCUCCGGUCCGAGAGUAGUAAGGGCAAAAACGCCGAGGAAGCUGCAGCGGAUCGGGCCAGAGGGUCGGUGGUGGAGGGAGAGGACGAGGAGGAAGACGACGACGAGGACGACGUCGAAGAGGAAGCGGGGGUGGGAAAACACGACGGGGCCGAACGAGAGGUCAGCAAACUCGAGGAGGACGAGGAGAGUCAGUCCAGGGAACGGGAUAGAGAACCCGAGCCACCACCUCCGAAUAAAGUCGAUCCUGGAGGCGAUCCGGCUUCCAAGGAGGACCAGCAACCAGCAGAUAACAAAUCAGAAUCGAGAAAAGACGUUCGCGCGACCGAUUGGGGCGCGGAUAAAGUUGGCGAGGGCAAGGAACAACAACAACAGCAGCAGCAGCAGCAGCAGCAACAGCAGCCGCAACAGCCGCCGCAGUUACUCGUGAAUGGAUUGCACGUCGACUCGCCGCUGGCCAGCGACAAGACGAAUGCCAUCCGCGAGGGCAGUCCGUCGGUGCUGAAGUCGACUCGAUCAAAGACAAAGGGUUUCGCGGAAGAAGACAGGGAGGACGUAGCGGCGGCGGCGGCGGCGGCGGCGGCGACAGAGGACGAGCGCGACGAAAACGCCAGCGAAGAAGAGGUGGGUUCGCAACGGUCGCGACGCACAGAGCUGACCACCACCGAGUUAGGCACGGAGGAUAGCGUGGGUAGCGUCGGCGGUGUGAGGGCGGCCAGCGUCGAGUCGGUCGUCGAGCUGCUGGAGUCGAGUAGUCAGGACUCAGGCUCCGUGCUGGAGAGGCUGAGUCCGUUUAGUAGCAGCGGCGGCGGCGGCCCCGGCAGGCAGAGCAGCCUGCUCCUGGAACAGCAGCGGGAGCAGGAGCGCAGUCGGCACAACGAAAGCCCGAUCAUCCUUGCCGAGAGACUGAACAAGCCGCCACCGCCGAUCGCCGGUCACCAUCAUCACCACCAUCUACAACCGUACCACCAGCCGCAUCAUCAGCCGCAACAGUUUCAUCACCACCAUCAACAGCACCACCAGCAGCGUUAUUCCGCCAACAGUCCGGUGAUCCACCACCAUCACCAACAGCAACAGCCGCCGUCGCAGCAUCAUCACUAUCAGCUAGCGAGCAGCCCGCACCAACACCAUCACCAUCUCACCGCCCGCCUGACCCCAUCGAGCCUCCUCGAGGUGCAACAGCAGUCUCACACAUCGAGGGGCGGCGAUGAGGCCGGCCUCAUGGAAGUGGAGGCCGGGGCCGGUAUACCUGGAGCGAGCGUACUCGCCGGUGUGCCCACGGCGGUCGGCGCGAUACGGUCGUCGGGAGGCAGCAGCGGCGCCGUCGGCGUCGUCGUCGGUACUUACGGCGACAGCGGCUCCGACAGCGGGGUAAGCUCGCUCAAGAGCGCCGGUUCUGGCGACGAGAGGAGCGGCAGCAGGAGCUCGGCGCUCAGCGUCGAGGAGACGUCGUCCUCGACACCGUUGGCAGCCGCCGCCGCUGCCGCUGCCGCCGCUACCCCGGCCAGGAUCUGGCACGUGCAGAGUGUCCAGCACACGUCCCUAUUGAUGGCGCAUCCGUCCCAGGGCGCGCCCAACGCCGCCGCGAGUGCCGCAGCCACGGCGCCGCCGGUCGGCUAUCACAGCCCGGCAGCGAGUCACCACGCCGCCGAGAUGCUCUGGAGACCAUCCCGAGCCUACCCGCCGCUUUCGCACGCUCUCUUGGGCCCGCCGCAACCAUCCAGCCCGGACGAACUGCUCGAGAGAGAUCGCCACGAAAGGAUGCUUCGGGAACACCGUGAACACGCGGAAGUCCGCGAGAUGGAGAAGGCCAAGGAACGGGAACGGGAGAGACUCGAGAAGCAGAGGGCCGAGCAGGCGGUUCAUAAACACUUCGAAGAGUCACUCAGGCUGGCGCAACAAAAGGUGUCUUAUGUCGCGCAGAGGAUGCAGCAGCCCCCGAUGACGUGGAGCACCUUCAUGGGGCAGGUAGCGCCGCAGAGGUCCCACAGCGGGACGUUGGCGUCUCACCCGGUUGCCACCCACCUCGGUCAUCCGAGCGGUCAUCCACCGGGCGGGUCCACCGUCGUCGCCACCGCCGUUGCGCAUCCCGUCAGCAUCGCGCAGCAGCGGGAGCGCGAGGAGCAGGAACGGGAGGUGCGGGAACGCGAGCGGGAACGCCAGCACGCGGAGAGGCUGCACCAACGGCAGGUGGUCGAGGCCAGGGAGAGGGCCGAGUCCAGGGACAGGGCUGCGUACUACGCGACCUCGGCGCCGUCGGCUCAACAGGUACGCGGUCUCCAUUACGCGACGAUGGAUGAUUUUGUAAACGUACGGGCGUUUCAGGUUCGACCGUCGAGCGUGCCCGGGAAGGUCGAGUACCCGCCACCGCCGGCGCACUCGCGGACGUCGAAGUCGUUGCAGGUCUCCGCGCGAGAUCGGCCGAUACUGGGACCGACGCAUCCACUACCGAAAGUCGAGCCGAGCAUGUUCAACUAUUCGACGCCGUAUCAGCAGCCACCCUGCACGACCUCAUAUUUGCACGACCUCAAGUUAAAAAACGAGAUGGGGCCGCACAAGUCGCUGUCUAAGAGCGAGCUGGUCAACAUCCCUCUCGACGGUCGUCACGGCAGAGAGGUGCUGCAGAAUCCGCCGUCCUUGCUGCCGGAUCACAAGAGCUCGGUGAUCGUGAAGAACGAGGGCAGGGAGCUGCCGAAGACGCCGGUGCAGCACUCGUCCAGCCCGAAGAUAAUGCCUUAUAUGAACGUCCAGUCGGUAGCACCGCAGCACAAGUCGUCGGCGUACGAAUACAGGAGCCCGACGCAGAGCCCGCAUCAUCUGCAUCCCGCGCAUCUGGACGGUCUACAGGCGGCGAAGAACAUCGCGUCGUCCAUCGCGUCAUCGGGCCACCACCGUGGCGGCGGUGGCGGCGGCGGCGCGCCGACGACGACGACGCAGCUGCCGAGUCCGCACGGCCAUCCGCCGCCACCGCCGCCGGCGCAGCCCGAGCCGCGCCUGCACUCGCACAAUCCCCGUCAGUCCCCGCAUGCCUCGCAUGCCCCGCCGCAGCAUCCGCACCAGCCGCCGCCGCCGCCGCCGCCGCAUCCAUCGCCGCCUGAGUCGCGCUAUCUCAGCAGGCCGGAACCCGCGGGGCUGCCGUACGCCACGGGCAAGACCACGUAUUCGUACCCGCAUCCGCUUCCGCCCACGCCCUCGCCGGCGGUGUCGUCGCACUACGCCACGCCGCCGCCGGCCGGCUCAAAGCCGAAAGUCAGCAGCCCGGCGCCGGGACACAUCUACGGCAAGCCUAACUCCGGCAUCAUGACCGGUACGCCGGUCUGCCGUGCCUCCGAACCGCCUGUCGCCGCGCCGAUACCGCUGACCUCGAAGGCCGGCAGCUCGCCUUACCAGCAAGUGCCUCAUCAUCACGGGGCGCCGCCGCCGCCGUUGCCGCCGCCCGCACACAGCCGGCCUUUCGACAGCCGCGGCUUCGCCGGCUCGUUGCCGGGCGCGAAACUGCCGCCGCCGACGUUGCACGGCUCCCCGCCCACGGCUGCCUCGGCGCCGCUCUCAAGGCCGAUCGUUCAUCCCGCUCAUCCCGCUCAUCCCGUUCAUCCCGCCCAUCUCGGCACCAGCUCGCACCAGCAGCCCGGUCAGACGUUGCAGCACGCGCCGUCCCAGGUCACCACGGCCUUUCAGACGCAACCACUCGACCUCGGUGUCGAGAGGUCGGGCUCGCCCAAGAGGAAAGCGCCGACGCCGUUGUGCGACAACGUCAGCGGCCAGCCGGUAUCGUUAGAAGUUUGUAAGAAGCGAAGAACCGAAGAGCCGCAACCGUUAUCCCUGCAAUCCGUCGGCCCGCCCGUUCUCUCCAGGGUGAGCGAGCCGAGUCCGCUCAUCGCCUCGGCCGCCACGUCCAUCACCACGGUUGUCAACACCGCAGCAUUGCUGGCGCAGCCCAACAAUCAGGCGACGCAGGAGCAGCGCACGGUGACGGCGGUGAGCCCGGCCCCGAGCGCCGCCAGCGGCGACGCCUCCGUGCGACCCGCCAGCACCGGCAGCGUGUGCUCGCUGAAUCCGGCGCCGGUGAGCGCGGCGCCAAGCCCGGCGCCCAUCCCCAGCCCGGCGCCCAUCCCCAGCCCGGCGCCCAGCGCGCCCGGCACGCCCGCCAAGACGAACCCCAGCAACGCCGACAGCGACAAGUGCAACAGCCCAGCGCCGAGACCGCCCAGCAGCACCAGCUAUCCCGUGCACAAGGUGAAGAAGGCGUGGCUGCAGAGACACUCGAGGUGCGAGGACGGCACCGAGAACACCACCGGUAUGGCCAGCAGCGUCACGUUACCCCUCAACAUCUCCCGCGAGACGCCGUCGUCGAACAGCAAGGACCGCGAUAGCAGCAACUCGUCGUCGAACGCGAACAACAGCAACGCGCCGGCCACCUGUUUGCCAAGCGCGGUCAAUUCUAUCCACAAUAUCGGUAGCAUGGCGGUCAACAGCAUCAACAAGACCAAAGUUACCGGCAAGAGCGGCCGGAAGCCGGCGAACAAGGAGUCGUUGAACGGUCACGCCACCGACACCAGCAAGACCCCGCAGGAGGACUCGUCCAGCAGCGACCCGGACAGGAAGUCGCCGCCCAAACGGAAACCACCCAAGGUAAAACGAAAGAAGGGCGCCGCACGGAGGCAACAAACCGCCGCGGAAGAUCAGCGGAGGCGGAAGGAGGACAAGCAGGGCGGCGGCGCGGGCGGCGGCAGCGAGUCGAGCAACGAGAGCGAGGCCGGCUCCGCCAGCGACACCAGCGAGAAGCUGAGCUCUAUUCAGCCCGCGUCGAGGAUUCGGCACACCACGGCCAAUUCCAACAACUCCUCGGGAAACGGAAAUAACAAGGAGCCUAGGAAACGUGGCAGGAGACCAAAGACUACGAAGAACAAUGACGUGGGGGGCGAGGACCAGCAGCCCCGUCAGAAGAAGGAGCGCAGGGACGACAGCACGGGCGGCGGUAACAGCGGCCCGGGCGGCAGCGGCGGACGGGGCGAUCCCUUUCGUAAGCCGCCGAUAUCGCACCUGAAGAAAUCCGGCGACAGCUGGCUGCAGGAUGGCGCCUGUUUCGAGGUGGCCCAGAAGCUGGCCAAGUGCCGCGAGUGCCGAUGGACGCCGAAUCAGCGCUCCAAGAACCUUUCUCAGAAUAUCUUCUGCAGAUUCUACGCGUUUCGCAGACUGCGCUAUACCAAAAACGGACAACUGGCCAUAGCGGGAUUCAGUGAUCCGCACAAGGACGCGUCCGAGGAUGACCUUCGGUUGUGGUUACCAGGAAAAGAUAGCCAAGAGACAGCGGGAAAGGACGACAAGUCCGAGAAAAGCGAGAAGGACAAGGUGGAUCGAGAGGACCUAGACUUGGAGACGGCUCACCGGCUGCUUCGACAGGUUGGCGAUCAAUUCUGUGAUCUUUUACACCAGGAAAAGGAGGCCCUCCAGGAGCAUAUGGCCGAAGCGCGUUCGGGGGUUGUAGACGGAACAGUAGCGUGGAAACGAGUGAUCCAGGGUGUUCGAGAGAUGUGCGACGUGUGCGAGACUACCUUGUUCAAUUAUCACUGGGCUUGUGGCAAAUGCGGCUUCGUCGUGUGCAUUGAUUGUUACAAGGGACGUAAAAACAAGACGGUCAAACUCUGGGGCGAGAGUGGAAAGGACAGGGACGAGUUUUCGUGGCUUCUGUGCACGAAUAGGCAAGCGCACGAACCAGAACGACUCAUGCUGACGCAAAUCAUCGCCGGCGACAGCCUUCUGCGACUGGGCCAUCGUCUGCACGAGUGUCGCACCCAAUGGGGAAUCCCGCAACACUGUGGUUGCCCUCUCACGAUGCUCAUGGGGCAACCGAACGAGAUCCUCCGUAACCUGAUCAAGGGCGACUCCGUGCCCAUGCUCAACGGAAACGUGAGGCAGGAGAUAAAGGAGGAAAAGAAGUUAAACGAGUCUAACGGCGCGUCGGAGAGCAAGACGAACGGCGAGGAUAAAAACUCGCCGCUGAACUGGCUUGCGGACGUGGCGCUGCAGAAUCAGGACAAGAACGACAGCGGCUCGAGCUCGGACUCGGACGACGAUCGCGAAGGUAAUUACUCGACGUUGCGGGAAUUGCUCAUAAGGCCGUCGCACAAGUCAAACGGUAGCGGCGGCUCCAGGUCGAACUCGCCUACGAAUAAUUCGGGCGGCGGCGUCAACAACGCCACGCAGAACAACGUCGUCAAGUCCGGCAAGAAGUCGAAGAUGGACACGCUCGACGAGGUGAUAUCCAGCGUGAUUGAGCACAGCGUGAAAAAGGAAAAGGACAGCGGCCUGGAUGACGAGAAGCCGCGGGAGUUAAAGCACUUCGUGAGGCGCUACAAGUGGACGCAGCGCGGCCGCGAGCCGUUACCGAUCAGAAUUAUGACGGGGACGGAGAGCCAGAGUCUUUAUCCGGACGUGCCACACUCCUGGCUCUGCGACGGCAAGCUGCUGAGGCUAAGCGACCCGAACAAUCCGAACAACUACAGAAUAUUCCAGGAUCAAUGGAAACGGGGGCAGCCGGUGAUCGUGUCGGACGUUUCCAAGGCAUUGGACAUGAAUCUCUGGCAUCCCGAUUCGUUCGCCCGCGACUUCGGCGACGAGAAGAACGAUCUCAUUAACUGCAUGACCGGCAAUCUGGUGCCGAAUCAGCCGAUGCGCAAGUUCUGGGAAGGAUUCGAGUACUACUCCAAGCGGCUCAAGGACGAGCGAGGCAAUCCCAUGUUGCUGAAACUGAAGGAUUGGCCGCCCGGUGAAGACUUCGCCGAGUUACUACCGUCGAGAUUCACGGAUCUGAUGAAGGUUCUUCCAAUGUCCGAGUACACGCAUAGAAACGGCAGGCUGAAUCUGGCGAGCCGUCUGCCUAAUUGCUUCGUGAGACCGGAUCUGGGCCCGAAGAUGUACAACGCUUACGGUUCCGCUCUUCAUUCCAACAAAGGCACGACUAAUCUUCAUCUUGACAUCUCGGACGCCGUGAACGUUAUGGUAUACGUAGGGACGCCGAAGGAUGUUAAUAACGAGGAAAGUCUCAAAGCUCGGACAGAGACGAUGAGAGCAAUAGACGAAGCAGGCUGUGAUAUUCUGACGCGUCGACGCGCUCGCGACGAAAAGGAGAAACCUGGCGCCCUGUGGCACAUUUACGCGGCGCGUGACGCGGAUAAAAUUCGAGAUCUUCUGAAUGCCGUGGCCUUAGAACGCGGAGCUCGUUUGGAGCCUCACCACGAUCCCAUACACGACCAGAGUUGUUACUUGGACGGACCGUUGCGGGAACGCUUGUAUCGGGAAUAUGGUGUUGAAGGGUACGCCAUCGUCCAGUGUCUAGGUGAUGCAGUAUUUGUGCCAGCUGGCGCGCCACAUCAGGUCCGCAAUCUCCAAAAUUGUAUAAAGGUGGCCGAGGACUUUGUGUCGCCGGAGAACGUUUCGCACUGCUUCCACUUGACCCAGGAAUUCCGUGCGUUGUCCGACACCCAUACCAAUCACGAGGACAAGCUCCAGAUCAAGAACAUCAUUUACCACGCCGUGAAAGACUCGCUCACCGUUCUAGCCAAUGUUGAGGAGAAAACUCGCGCCAAGCUCGCCAAGGCUAACAGUGAGAAAAUGAAGGAGGAGACUUAGCCGUAAGUCCUCGCUGUGGUUUGAUUACAUAACCGAUUAAUAAUCCCCUUAAUUGUGGGUCUCGUUGUCCGUACGAGACGAGAUUAACGCAGCCGGCGCUCGCGAGCACAGCGGGACUGGCGUAACCGGAAGAAUCUGUAGAAGAUCGCCCUUGCCGCAACAAGAUUGCGAAGGUGCGAGGAUUUGUUGUGAUAUUUGUGAGGAAUUAAAAUGAUUUCGGAGGAUUUCAUUUGCGAUAUUGGCUGAGCCAAUAUUUAGUCGUACGUUGUUUCAUUCGAAUUUCCUUGUAUACAAUUCUUUUCUGCUCUCCCGUUUUUCCCGAGAAGAGAAGUGCGCCGUGGACAUGAAGUCCAAUGAGCUCUACUGCGAGUGAAAAGAAAAACCGUAACUCGGAUCGUGCAUAGGUAAAAUGCCGCAUCCAUUACUAUUGUGAUACCAGAAGGACUUUGGAUCGUGUAUACAUUAUUUGUAAUUAAUUAUAUCGUGCCUGUAUCCAAUACAUACACUCAUACACAC